AUGGCAGACCUCGACCAUUACGCGAGGCACUUGCAAAACUUUCGCGCUUCAGACGAAGCAAGGGAAAGACUUGUCGGAGAGCUAAUUCAAAAGUACUCCAGUUUGCUGGAAGAGCAUGCUAAUUUGAAGAAUGAUUAUUUGAGCGAGCGAGACAUUAGGAGGAAUUAUCAGACGACGGUUGAAGAGAAGCGGAUUAUUGUCGGAGGGUAUGAGCGUCAGCUGGAAGCCAGCUCGUUCGUUUUAGCCCUUAUUGAUGGAGAUGGAGCUAUUUUCCAGGACGCGCUGCUCCACGCAGCUGGUGGUGACGGUGGCUCCGAGGCUGCCUCUCGCUUGUAUCAUACAAUUCAAGACCACAUCGCCUCUCUCUACAGCAAUUCCGGUAGUUGGCCGAUAAUAGUACAAAUCUAUCUCAGCCUCGACAAACUAGCUCAGAAGCUGGCGCAAGUUGGACUUCUUCGUAGUCCUCAAGAGCUCAGACAAUUCGCGCAGCGCUUCAGUGUCAAUCAGCCAUUAUUUAGUAUUAUCGAUGUUGGUCAAGGGAAGGAGCGCGCUGAUCACAAGAUCAAAGAAAUGUUACGCACAUUCAGCGACAAUCCCACUUGCCGCCAUAUCGUCUUUGGAGGCUGUCAUGACGCUGGCUAUCUUCUAAAUCUCGAUCAGUUCAAGCACAACGAACACAAAGCUGGUCAAAUUACGCUAUUGGAGACAACUCCCGCGUACAGGGGUUUUGUCGAUUUGCCAAACUUCAAACGAGCUCGUUUUGACAGUGUCUUCAGGACUGGGCCUUUGCCAGAGCCUACACAAGCAUCUACCUUUGCACCUCAAGCACCUAGCUCUGCACCGCAAGCACCGACACAACCUCCGCCUGUCCUUCGGUCGAUGACGAAUAAGAGCUCACCCACAGCGUCCCCAAAGCCUUCAACUUCUAGUCUUUCUCCUAGCACCGCCGCCUCGUCCAUCACGGGACCACCUACCGAGGCAAGCGGCGAUUCCUCAUGGGCCACUAUAGGCAAGACGGGAAGCAUUCCAAAUGAAAACAUUUCCAUCGCGCCAAACACAGCCGCUCCCACGACGAACUCAAAGAAGAAAUAUGCUUAUUACAAUAAAGCCGAACAAAGACUUGAUGAGCCACUCCCGCCCAAAGACCAAGGAGCAACGUACUCGCUCGAAAAUCGCAUGCAGAAGAGUGGCAAGAAAAUGUGUAACCAUUGGCACCUCGGAAACAAGUGCGACAACGGCAAGUUUUGCAAGUUUCAGCAUGAACCUAAACUCACACCGGCUGAGCUGAAUGCGUUGCGCUACAAGACGCGUAGCCUGGCUUGCAAGAACAGGUAUUGCGAGAAGAUUGAUUGCUAUUUGGGCCACCAAUGUGCUGUGGAACGUGAUCAGGGAUAUUGUCCCUUCGAAAACUGUCACCUCCGCGCCACCCAUGGUAUGGAUAAGGUCAAAUUUGUCAAGGUCGAUAGAGAAGGCAACGAGGUUUACGAAUGA